GGAACAACGAUGCAUCAUCGUCAAUAUUUUUCUGGUUUUCAUUUUUCUUGAGAUCGAUUCAUUCGAAAAUGAGAAAUGGCGACGACGAUAGUAGUAUCGUACUGGAACAGGUACCAAACGACGAUGUCGAUCAAGGGACCGUGUGUUCAUACGAGUAUCAUUGAAGAAUUCAUUAUGUACAUAGUACGCAAUUCGCGGUCAACAAUGGGAAACCAACUACCCAAAGGCCAUAAAAAUAUGUUCUCGAUUCAUACCGUGUUUUCAAUACUCUGUUUCCUUGGGUUGGUUUCCGAUGUUGCCAGUCUGUCGGCAACUCCCAAGGUACAACCUCCGAGCAAAAACCCAGACGUGCUACGAUCCUUCGUGUUCGGAAACGAUGACGCUAGGUGCUGGGAGUUGUUGUCUCCAUCGGAGCCGAUCGAAGACGAGGAAGAGGAUGAAGUGGAAUAUUGGUACCCUAUCACGAGGCGGUAUUUCGAAUUUUCGAUUCCACCGUCGCAAUCGUCAGAAACRUUGGUCCAGAGCACUUCUACCACCAUGAUCCGACAAACGUCGUUCGGAUGCGGGAAGCUGGGAUACGAGUUGUGGGACAGCAGCAUAGCGCUCUGUUUGCACCUCGGCCGGCAGCUGCCUCUGAUCGAGGGAAAGAGGAUACUCGAACUGGGAUCCGGCUGCGGAUUGCCGUCCGUCGUGUGCCGAGACCUGCUGCAAGCGGACGCCGUUCUGGCGACCGACUUUUGGCAAGAAGACGGCGACGGCUUCGACGGCGACMGGCUGGUCCCGACAAAGUUCCACGGGAUGAACCUGGAGUACAACGUUGUGGCGGCACGUGGCAACAAACGCAGGGAAGCCGCCGUCCAGAGACUCGAUUGGCACGACCGAGCCAGCGCCGUAUCGGCGAGGGAAUCCUUCCGACCCGACGUCGUCAUAGGAAGCGAUCUAAUGUAUUAUCCGAUGGACAUCGAGCCGCUGCUGAACGUACUGGAAACCUUUCUGGUGGAAGACGGGGACAGAGACGGCGCCGAUGGCAAACAAGCAACGGAAACCCGGGUCUUUCUGGUGUCGGCGCUGGCACCAGCCGAGCGAGAGGCUCUCCCAGAAUUCCGGUCAAAACUGCCGGUGCGAUUUUCUGCUACACACACGGUGACCAUGAAAGAGAUGGCCCUUGGUUGCGAAGAAACCGAAGGAGAGGACCACAAGUUUCUCCUGAUCGACAUCGUCCCAAAACAAAAAACGUCGUCAUAGUUCGGCGUGCAUUUGUCACCCACAACCCAUGUCCGAAUUUGCAAAAACACAUUAUAUACUGCCACCAAUAUACUUAUCACACCCAGGUUGCAGCAAAGAGACUCUUGAAUACAGUUACAUACUUUAUAAGUGUACUACCGUAACACUAAAAUGAAUUCCGAUAGAAAUGUGUUCGAUGUACCAGUAAUACAAUAAUACAAUGAACAUUAUCCC